AUAAUAUUAUGAACCGUUUGAGUAUUAUUCCACUUGGUGUGGUUGACCUUAGCACGGCGCUUCAAAGUAUUGAUGUGAAGACUAGAGAGUAUCCCUUCAAUCUGUCCUUGUUCCUCUCUGCAAUUGCUGUUUCCACUUGGUGUGGUUGACUCUUUCCCCUCUCUCUCUCUUGGUGCUAGUCAGCACUCAUUUUAUUUGACUUCAUAUUUUUCAUCUUAAAAGCCAAAGAAGAAUGGAGAAACCUGUGGUAAUACUCAUUUUUACAACUGUAAUUAUUAGUCUUGAAUGCUUAGUACAAUCAGAUGCCUCUACACAUCGGUAUAAAAAUGGAGAUGAUGUCCCUUUCUAUGCAAACAAGGUUGGCCCAUUCUCUAAUCCCAGUGAAACUUAUGCUUAUUUCGAUCUUCCAUUUUGUCAACCAGAUAAUUUGGAAAAGAAGAAAGAAUCGUUUGGUGAAGCGUUGAAUGGAGAUCGCCUUAUAUUUGCUCCAUAUAAGCUCGAGUUUUUGGCGGACAAAGAUGCCAAAGUUAUAUGUAAGAAAAGGUUGACAAAGGAGGAAGUUGCACAAUUCAGAACCGCUGUUGCACUGGAUUACUACGUCCAGAUGUACUAUGAUGACUUGCCAAUAUGGGCGUUCCUUGGGAAGGUCGAGAAGGACGGAAUUGAUGACCCUAAUGAGUACAGAUAUCACAUUUAUACAUUUUAUCAAUUUGAAAUUUACUACCACAAGGACCAUGUUAUUGAAAUCCUAGUUAGAGUCGAUCCAUCUUUUACAGCUGAUGUAACAAAUGAUAAGGAAGUUGAUGUAGAAUUCCUGUACACAGUGGUGUGGAAGGAAAUUAACACCCCAUUUGAAAAGAGAAUGGACAAAUACAAGAGCUCUUCUGCUUUGCCUCAUCACUUACAAAUUCACUGGUUCUCCAUUUUAAACUCAUGUGCAACAAUUUUCAUCUUGAUGUCAUGUAUGGGAGCAAUUUACUUGCGAGUCCUGAGGAGAGAUAUUUACAAGCUUGCACAGGAUGAAGAAUUUUCUGAUAACCAAGAAGAAACUGGGUGGAAAAGCCUCCAUGGCGAUGUCUUCCGGUACCCAAAGUGCAACGAUUUGCUUUCUUCAGCGCUUGGUUGUGGAACACAGAUGUUGGCAGUUGUGGUGGUCAUUCUAUGUUUAGGCGUGCUUGGUGUUUUUCAACCGUAUGAUCGAGGAGUUUUGCCCACUGCGUUGGUCAUAAUAUAUGCAAUAACUUCUGCAGUUGCUGGAUUUUCGGCUGUAUCUUUUUAUCAUCAGCUCGAAGGUAGCAACUCGCUAAGGGUUCUAUUGCUGACGGGAGGAAUGUUCUCUUGCCCCUUGUUGCUAACCUUUUUCUUCCUUAAUACUGUUGCAUUCAACUAUGGGUCUACUGCAGCACUUCCUUUGGGCACAAUUGUGGUUAUACUUCUCCUCUGGGUUUUUCUAGCAUUACCGUCAUUUGUGUUAGGUGCGAUUUCUGGGAAGAGAAUAAGGUCUGAGUUUCAAGCUCCUUGUCACACCACAAAGUGUCCUCGUGAGGUUCCCCCACAGCGUUGGUACAGGCGUGUGAUAACCCAAAUGGCAAUGGCAGGACUUUUGCCUUUUGGUGUCAUCUAUAUUCAGCUAUAUUACAUAUUUGCUAGUGUUUGGGGUUACAGGAUAUACACAAUAUAUAGCAUUCUUUUUGUUGUGUUCAUUCUCCUUCUGAUUACAACUGCUCUUGUCUCUAUUGCUAUGACAUACAUCCAACUUGCCGCAGAAGAUCAUGAAUGGUGGUGGAGGUCUUUUCUUUGUGGUGGAUCAACUGGCUUGUACUUAUUUGGUUAUUCCAUGUACUACUACUUUUCACGGUCAGACAUGAACGGUUUCAUGCAAACCUCGUUCUUCUUUGGAUAUAUGGCUUGUGUUAGUUGUGGUGUCUUCCUUAUGCUAGGCACUGUCGGCUUUCAUGCCUGCUUGCUAUUUGUUCGUCUUCUGUAUGGCUGUAUCAAAUGUGAAUAGCUGGUUGCUUUCAAGAACAUCCUUAGCUUGUUUGGAGUGAGUAUGUAAUAUUUAGGAUCAAAGCAGGUCACAAUGUUCCCUUUAAUGUAAGAACAAAGAGAUUUUCUUAUUCAAAGUUUCAUCAAUGAAUCAAAAAUAAUUUGCAGAAAGUUUUUAAGUA